AUGGAGGUUUAUAUCGACGACAUGCUCGUCAAAUCUCAACAUGCAAAGGAUCAUAUCACUCAUCUCCGACAAUGUUUCGACACCCUAAACAAGUAUGGGAUGAAGCUGAACCCAGCCAAAUGCACCUUUGCAGUUAAGUCUGGCGAAUUCCUUGGGUACCUGGUAACCAGACGAGGCAUCGAGGCGAACCCAAAGCAAAUUAAGGCAAUCAUCGACUUGCCACUACCAAAGAAUGCCAGAGAAGUUCAACGACUAACCGGACGGAUCGCCGCCCUAAAUCGUUUUAUAUCCAGAUCGACCGACAAGUGUCUACCAUUUUACCAGCUUCUCAAAACCAAGGGCAAGUUCGAGUGGGCCGAAGCCUGUCACAGCGCGUUCAAUGAGCUAAAGAGCUAUUUAUCGACCCCACCGAUCUUAGCGAAGCCGGAGCUCGGCGAAAUCUUAUUUCUUUAUAUUGCGGUCUCAGAGUCGGCUGUCAGUGGUGUACUCGUUAAAGACGAUCGAGGAGAGCAACGACCCGUCUUUUACAUAAGCAAAUCACUCGACGACGCAGAAACUCGCCACCCGACAGUCGAGAAGGUUGCCCUAGCAGUCGUCACGUCCGCAAGGAAGCUCCGACCGUAUUUUCAGUCACAUAUUGACGCUGUCCUGUCCAACCAUCCUUUACGGUCUAUACUGCACAGCCCGAACCAAUCGGGUCGAUUAACGAAAUGGGCAAUCGAACUUAGUGAGUACGACAUCGAGUAUCGAACUCGUCUGGCUGCGAAGUCCCAAGUACUCGCCGACUUUUUGAUCGAACUUCCGUUUGGGGAAGCCGAACCAACACUCAUUGACCCGUCAGACGACCGGUGGACCCUGCAUGUGGACGGAGCAUCCUCUCAUCUUGGAUCAGGAGUAGGGAUUCGACUAACCUCGCCGACUGGUGAAAUUUUGGAGCAAUCCUUCCGUCUCCGAUUCCAAGCAACCAACAACGUCGCCGAGUAUGAAGCACUCAUCGCCGGUCUAAAGCUCGCCAACAGAAUGCAGAUCAAGCGGAUAAGAGCCUUCUGCGACUCUCAGCUCGUCGCCAAUCAGUUCAGUGGAGAAUAUGACACCAAAAGCGAACCUAUGGCCGCCUACCUUGAUGUCGUUAGGAUUUUGUCAAAACGCUUCGACGAAUUCGAGCUCAUCAAAAUUCCCAGAGGAGACAAUGCCCCGGCCGACACUUUGGCAGCACUCGCUUCAACAUCGGAUCCCGACCUUCGGCGAAUCAUCCCGGUAGAAAGCAUAGAUACGCCGAGCAUAAGCGAAACAUAUCCCGAGACUUGCCUCGCAUCAGAUAGCGACGUGACAGAUUGGCGAGUCGAAAUCCGAGCAUACUUGGCCGAUGGCGACGUGCCAGCAGACAAAUGGGCUAAACGAAGAUUAAAAGCCAAGGCCGCCCACUACACCUUAAUGAAAGAUCAUUUGUUGCGAUGGACGGCGUCAGGAGCCCUUUUGCUCUGCAUACACGGCGAUGACACCGAGCGCGUCAUGAUGGAAAUGCACGAAGGAGCUGGAGGAAAUCACUCAGGUGGCCGAGCCUUGGCACUGCGAAUCAGGAAGCAUGGUCAUUACUGGCCAACGAUGAUAUCUGAUUGCGAAAAACUCGACGAGUUGGAAGAAGAACGAGACAAAGCACUCCUACGAAUCCAAAACUACCAGCUUGCCGCAGUCAAGUACUACAACAAGAAAGUUCACAAUCGGCAUUUCGACGAAGGGGAUCUCGUCCUCCGCAAAGUCUUUGAAAAUACUGCCGAACCAGAUGCCGGAAAAAUGGGAGCCAAUUGGGAGGGUCCAUAUCUAGUAUCCAAGGUCGUCCAUCCCGGCGUAUACGAACUCUUAACAAUGGGCGGUGAACCAGUACCGAGGUCUUGGAAUUCGAUGCAUCUCAAGCGCUACUAUUACUAG